AUAAACCCUCCUCCAGCAGCGAUGGGUUGGCUUAUAUGCGGAAGUUUCAGUUCCCUUCAGCACAGUUCUUCGAAGCUGAGGUCCAACGGAUAGAAGGAAAGCUCCGCUCUCUCAACACAAACUCCGGCAUCACUAGACAAGGUGCAUCAUGAGCAGCAGUUACAGUGUGUCCCUGGCUGGCCCUGCCCCCUGGGGCUUCAGACUGCAAGGAGGGAAGGACUUCUGUCUGCCCCUCACCAUCUCACGGCUGACUGAUGGGGGCAAAGCAGCCAAAGCCAAGAUGAGUGUUGGAGACAUCAUCCUGUCUAUUAAUGGUAUUUCUGCAGAAAGCAUGAACCACCUAGAGGCCCAGAACAAGAUUAAGGCCUGCACAGGCAAUCUAAGCCUCACCCUGCAGAGACCAACCACUGUCUCUAAUGAUGGAGUGCACAAGGAUGAACCUCAAGAGAUCAUUAAGCCUGUGCCAAUCACUCACACCGUGCCAAGCAACACAUACACCAAGCCAUUAAAUCAGCCCAGUCCUGCAUACAACAAGACAGCUCGGCCAUUUGGGGGGGUCAGCGGUGGGGUUUGGGCUUCGUCCUCCCCUGGUGCUCCCAAAGUUGCCUCUAUUCCCUCCGAGUCGUCGGCUUUCACACCAGCUGCCCCCUCUCAGCCACCGCAGCCUCCGUUUCUGCUGAAGUCAACCCUCACUGCCCCGGAUUCAGCUCCUGCAAAUUCACUUCCCAAAACCAGCCCAGGUCGCUCUGCCUUUACCUCCCCGUCUGCCUCUUCUUCCUCAUCUAACUCCUCCUCUCCAGCCAGAGUAACAGCCCCCUCCUCCCAACCUAAUGUCCCACAGUCCUCUGUGUAUAACACUCCUAUCAACCUAUACUCCAAUGCCAAUGCUUGUGAGGUGGCUAUGGGACAGAGGCGAGGUCUUUUGGAGAGCCAGGGGCUCACAGAGCAUGUUAAUGGGAAACCUGUUGUGGAGCUUGAGAGUAACGCGUCCCCAUUAAGUGAUGCCAGCAAGAAGCGCCUGAUUGAGGACACGGAGGACUGGCACCCACGCACGGGCACCUCUCAGUCUCGCUCCUUCCGUAUCCUGGCCCAGCUCACUGGCACUGAGAACGACCAAAUUCCAGAGAAUAAUGGAAAGAAUGAACCAGCUGACAAACCCAUUCCCACAUUGCACACAUCACCUGCAGCAAAGACAUAUUCCAAAUCUGCAGCAGCACCCAGGAAUGGGAAUGUUGCCCCUGCAUCCACAUUUAAGACCCCUGCAGCCCAGAACAAAGCCCUCUUCCUACCUAAAGGUCAAUCAGGUCUUCAUAAAGUUGGAGCAGGUCCUUCAUUUGGAAAAGUUGGAGGUGUUGCUCCAAAAGGACCAGACCUCCCCACUCCACAGCCACAUCCAGAGGACCUCAACUCUCUGGUGCAGAGGGCUGAGCACAUCCCAGCUGGUACACGCACCCCGAUGUGCUGCAAAUGCAGCAACGUCAUCAGGGGCCCAUUCCUCGUGGCCAUGGGCAUGUCAUGGCACCCCGAGGAAUUCAACUGUGCUCACUGCCACUCCUCCCUGGCAGAUCGUGGGUUUGUGGAGGAGAAGGACCAGGUGUACUGCGUGCGCUGCUAUGAGCAGUUCUUUGCUCCUACCUGUGCCCGUUGCCAGGAGAAGAUUCUUGGGGAAGUCAUGAACGCCCUGAAACAGACCUGGCAUGUGUCCUGUUUUGUCUGUGUAGCCUGCCAACAGCCAAUCAGAGGCAACAUGUUUCACAUGGAGGAUGGACAACCAUACUGUGAAAAAGACUACUAUACCAUGUUUGGGACUAAUUGCCACGGCUGUGACUUCCCCAUCGAGGCAGGGGACAAGUUCCUGGAGGCUCUUGGAUUCACUUGGCACGACACCUGUUUUGUGUGUGCGGUGUGCUCUGCUAGUCUGGAAGGUCAGUCUUUCUUCUCCAAAAAGGACAAGCCUUUGUGCAAGAAACACGCCCACACUGUCAACAUCUGACCUUACUGACAUAAAGAAAAGAGGAAAACAGUGUCAGUUUGCAGGAAUUUUAUUCAGAUCUUUUUCUUUUUUUUUUUAACUAAAAUGACCUGGCUUGCUAAAAUAAUGUAUUUUGGGAUAAUAAUGGAUGUUGAAAGAUUCCACUGUAAGCUUUAUUUUUCUUAUAGUACUUUGCAAGUUUGCUCUCCUUAUUUCUUAUUAUUUCAUAUCACUUUGUAGCUGGAUAUGCUAUUAUUAGAACAUUUCGGUGCACUGUUAGUAUUUCAAAGUAGAUAUUUAAGUGCUUGGGUCUGGGGUUUGUAAUUAUGCUAGAGGUGUUGAGCUCUUGAUGAGACAUUUGUGUUCAUCAUGAUGGAGUUUGCUGCAGUGACCUACUGAGCCCAAUGGGGGUCACAUACUAGAAAAUAUUUUGGAUGUGGAAAGCUAUGCCAUGCAUUAUGAAAGCCAGUGCAACCUUUAGAAAUCAGGAUUAUUUAACUUUAAGAACAAAUAAAUAUUUAUUUGUAAGCUGGGAUCAUGUGUUUAACAUGUUCUAGAAAUAAAAUUGGGAAAUGUUAUUGCUGGUAUCAUAUUUUUUUUUUAUUAAACUUGCAUGGUAUUUAAUCGUCACCUCUAAAUGGAAGCAGCAGUUAGAAUUGUGCAAAUACACUGUGCAGGUCUUGUUUUAUUGUUAAUAGAACAUUUUUGCAAGGGCUCUGUAAAGACCAGGAACAUCAAAUACUGUAGUUGUAACUUCUACUUCAGGUUAGCCUCAGCCACAUGAAACUUUAUCAGCAAGUUUCUGUCAUUAAAAUGCAUUUUAAACAUUUUAGGUUAAAGUUUCUCAGUUUUAGGACCUUAACUCUCCACUCUAACUUUGCCAUGUCUCAUUAGGACUUGUUUGCAUCUUGUAUUGGAUUAUUUGAUCAAUAAACAAAAAUUUUAAUAUA